AUGGCUAUCGACUGGAUUGGAUAUGGCUAUGCUGCGACAAUCUUGCUAGGAGGAUUUAUGGGAUACAAGAAAAAAGGCAGUGUCAUGUCUCUGAUGGCCGGUUUGGUCUUUGGUGGACUGUCUGCUUAUGGCGCCUAUAACAUCUCCAAUAAGCCCACUGACAUCAAGGUGUUAUUAUUUGCAUCCGGGCUCCUUUCUGUGGUGAUGGGGUCCAGGUACAAGAAUUCAGGCAAACUCGUGCCAGCUGGAAUUAUGACAGUUCUAAGUUUAUUGAUGGUGUUCCGACUUUUGCUCCUGAUGAUGUGA